GCCCAUUGAUUGUAAGAUCUUAAGAAUACUUCCGAUAAUGCUGUCACACACUGGUGUUGAUGUUCAGGAUGUUGGUGUUGGGCUACAACUCCUUUCAAGUCCACCCACCACAAUUAGGCUGGAUGAGGACAAUGGGGGUUGUUACUCAAAGGACACCAAGUCAGGGGUACCUCCCCAAAAGUAAUUCAUUCUUUUCCAUGAAAUGUACUUACAAUUAUUGUUAAUCUUUUUGGGCAGGGUCCCGAGGUCAGUAAAAUGAGCACCCAGCUUGCUGGGGAAGGUGACAACUGGAGAAGGCAAUGGCAAACCACCCCACUCUAUAGUCUGCCAAGAAAACGUCACAGAAGUGGCAUCCCCCCAAAGGUGAUUGCACAGGGGACCUUUUACCUUUUCAGGGAAUUCAGAAGCUUCAGGUGCAAUGGACUGAGUGAUCUUUAGAAGGGAAAAAAAUCACAGGGUUUAUUUACAGUUGCAUAAAGUGUUCUUUCACACGGAGAUUGCCUUUACAAAUUUGAGCUUGGGGCAAGAAAGGUUUUACCUGUCAAAGAGUUCUUUCAGUGAAAUAAGAAACUAAACAAUCAGCUAUACAUCCUGAGUAAAAAACUGACAACUGUCCUAAGAAAGGAAGACAGCAUAAUACCAUGUGACUGUGAGACAUACAUGGAGGAGGGGAAUGUGAAAAAAAUAAUCUAGAAUCUUUCGCAUUUUUAUACCAACUUGUGAACAGGCUGACAUCUCCAAAUUUUCUAUGAGACCAUCUUAGAUAUACCUUUAAAACGGCAAAGUUUGAUGUGAAGCACUGACAAAGCCCAGGCCACUUCUAUAAACACAAGGCAUGGCCCCCAGACAAUGUGCAAUAUCUAUUCUGCUUUCAGGCAACUUAUCUUUUUCACUUUGGUUAUGAAAUGCAUAUUGUGCAACUUCAGAAGCCUUGGUUACAGCUCACAGACCUGUGUUCUCUUCUCUUACUUGCACGGAACCAUCUCAAGCACAGCACUUGGCUUUCUCUUAACCCUUUUAACCUGUGUGGUUGAGGGGGAACAUGUGCCUUUCUAUUUAAUGCAUCCCCCUGCAUCCCAGGAGCAUUGCAUUCCUAUGUAGUAUUCCAAGAAGUCCAGGGAACCAGCCCCUCUCAUGGACACUACCUCUCCGUCUAUCCACACAGCUGGCCUUUCACUCCCCUUACACCAAUGAAUGCUCUAACAUCACAAGGCCGAGCACAAUACAUCCCAUUUAUUGUACAGUAAUGGACAGAUCAGCCCAUAUUUUUGCAACUUAUAUAUGGCAGCUCUAACAUGUCACUUGUCAAUGCUUGAAUGAGCUGCAUUUUUUUUUCCUGAGGGGGAAAAAUGUUUAUAUCGUAAGCAAGAUGUUUACAUCAUGAAAAAACACCUUUUCAAAGUUGCGCAUGAUAUGAAUUUCCAGGCAUUUUUCUCCUUCCCUUUUUCAUUUCCUUUCUAAAUAUUUUAAUGUUAUGUCACACUGUUGACAGCACUGUUUGUGUGAGAAAGUCAGAUACUGUAGAUUUUUUGAAAAAAUAAUAAGGCAGACCUUUAAGGAAAAGAUUGAAGCACAUCAGUGGAAAGUGCAUGGAGGUUUAACUAGUCAAAAGAACUGUCAUAAAGCCAGCUUAGCUAAAAACAAACAAAUAAAUAAAAUAUUUAGGAAAAUAGUAUCAGGAAAAUAUAUCCCCCAGGGGGAUGACCAAGUGUCUUGUUUGAUACAGAUGUCAGUGUGCUGGGCUAAAUUACUUUGUGGAAUAGCCUCAGGAUUUGUUUCCUGACUUUAAUUGGACACUUCAAUAUGUUAAUCACAAAUCAGUUAUGUUCUUUUCUGCACUGCCUGCUAGAAUUUGAGCUUACAUAGGAACAAAGUAGAAUAUAUAUUGUCAUAUUUUUGGUGCUAUUGCCAGAAACACUAAGAUGGGCAUACUCAUUGUGUUUGGGCUGUUGGGCACAUCUGGAAGGUUAAGAGCAUGUUAUAAAGUAGGCUGACCAUAUCUGGGCUGCAAAAAUCUAGACAACCACCGGAAGGCAGCAAAGAGAUUCUGAACAAUUUUCUCUGCCACCACCUAGUGGUCAUGUAGUCUUUUGCAGCCCAGAUAUGGUCAGCCGAUAUAAGUUCUCUUGCAAAGUGACUGGUAUGAAUAGCUUCCCUGAUCAAAAAAUGCUUCAUACUAUUGACAAGACAAGUCCAAAACUGCCACUCAGGUGGGGCAAGGAGAUGGAAGGCGUCCAUAAAUACAUUCAUGUUCAAAACUGUUAAGACCACAGAUCUAAGCUUACAUGUCAAGCUCUUGACAGCUGACUACACCCAUAGAGUGUAGCCUAACCAGAUUAAAAGGAACAAAGGAUUAGGUUACAUAAAUCUCAUUAGGAUCCAAUUUACCUCAGAGUUUACAAGGCUGGGGCUUUUUUCAUCCUUUUGGUAGCAAUCCUUUGAUGAACAGGAGAGCUGUAUCUGUUUUCCAGAUAAACUACCUGGACAUUUUGGCCUCUUGGCAAAUGUCACAUCAGUACUUUUUUGGAUUUGUCUUCAGCCUUUAGAGGUCUAUAAAAUGGCCAGUGCAGAGUACUUUCAAUACACUGUCUUGACAUAAUUUCUCCUUAUUCAAUGUGACUCCCCACCUCCCAGAAAAAUUGAGUUUACAGACUAUUUAGUUUAUAGACACUGACCUGAAUGGCUUGUUGGAGGUCCUCGUUCCUGCUAUCACAUCAUCCAUGGUCAUUCAGAUUUUUGCUAGCUCCAAUAGCCUGUCGCCGCACGUUUCAAAAUACCUCUGAAGCAUGAUGGAUUCCUAAUGGCAUUCUUGGACAACUUUAUCUCUCCAAGGGUAUGGCAAACAUUGUUAAAUAGUUGGACUGUUUAUACGACUAUGUGAAGAAUCCAUUUUUGACAUCAGAGAUACAGAUUAUGGUUUUGAUAGUGAUGUUAUUUUUCAUGACUUGCUAUGAUUUAGGCAGAUGCUAAAAAUGCUUCUAUUAAUUUUGAGAUUUGAAAGUUUAUGACGAGCAGCCAAAUUAAUUAUGGUCACUGAUGUAUUGUGUUUAUUAUAUUGUAUUUUACUGUAAUCAAGUGUAUUUUAAUUCUGUGCACUGCUUUGAAUUGAGAGACAAAGUAUAAAUAUUGUAAAUAAACAACUGAAUAAUAUAUUUAUUGAUGAGUAGUCACAGUCAGGAGUGGGUAAUCCAAGAUGCUUUUUUUCUGAGUGCUAUCCUUAAGAAGUUGGAGAUUCAUGAGUGUCUUAUCACUACAGUGCUAGUCCAGCAAUUGGCUGGGAAGAGCAAUUCCCAAAACGAAUCUUUGCCAGAUAGAUAGUAUAACAUAUUAUGAAGGCUUCUCAUAAUACAUAAAGCAAUACAUCCACUCUACUUUUUCCCUGUUUUACUUUUUGUAUUAUUUUUGUGUCUUGAUCAUCCUUGCCAGAUGGAAAGACAAAGUAAAAAUCAAAUCAAUGAAUAAUAAAUCAAAUACAAUAUUUUACACUUUAUAAAAUAUUAUACAAGUGUUCAAAUCUACUAAAUUGGUUGUUUGAUGCCAAGGUUUUGUACUAAAUUCCUCUUCUGAAUUCCAGUGUGAAACCACACCACCAAUUUCAGAGUGAAAUCGUGCUACCAAGUGUUUGUGUAAUUGGGCCAUGGAUGUCCUAAUUAAUUCACAUCUGGCUGCGGCUGUUCCAUGGGAGUCCUGCAGAGAGAGAAAAAACACCAGAAAGAAGGAUACUCCACAGAGUUAGCCGAGCAGUCAACAACCCAUGGUCUGAACUCCCAAACUCUUUUUUAUUCAAAUAGCAGGCAGGCAGACACAGUCAGAUAGACAGACAUGCAACGUUAAGAAACCACGCAUUCUACAUUUUUACUGUGAAACAGGAAGUGUCUUAUUUCACUAAACUUGAACUAUUGAAUGCAGCCUUUUAUGGAGAAAGCAAGGUAAUUAUUAUUUAUUUAUCACAUUUCUUCACUGCCCAUCUUGACAAACGACUCUGGGUGGUUAAAUAGUCCUUCAAUCAAUAGUUUCAUUCCCUGAGAUUUUCAAACAGGACCUGUAUUGUUUUUUUUUUAAUGGAUUUGCUAAGUUGUUUGUAAGCUUUUUUUUCAUGGCAGGAAGCAGAGCAAAUAUUUUUUAGAGUGAACAUUCUGAUCUGAUAAUGCCAAAAAUGACCCCCCCCCCAAAAAGCAUUAGAACAUGACCUGAGCCUCUAGGUGGAAGCUGAUCCCUUUCUUUCCCACUCUUGUCCAAAGAACUGGACAGUGGAGCCAAGUAACUUACACAACCCUGGGUGGAGGGAUUGGGGGCCAGCUGGGACUGGAUGGGAUUUAACUGGGAAGAGCACAAAGCAGUGUGUUAGUUAGGUCUGAGCUGUCAAGAGAGAUGGAACAACUGAAUCCACGCAGUGUUCUGGUGACCGGGUCCAACCGGGGACUUGGCUUGGAGCUGGUCAGGCAGCUGGUGGGGAAGAGCAACCCCCCACAGUGGAUCUUUGCCACUUGCCGGGACCCAGCUGGACCCCGUGCCCAGGACCUGAAGAAUUUGGCUGACCAACACCAGCAAAUUGUGAUAGUUCCACUGGACACUUGUGACCCAUCCAGCGUUCAGGCUGCUGCAGCCAAAGUUACAGAACAUCUAAAAGGGGCUGGGUUGAACCUGCUGAUUAACAAUGCCGGGAUUCUAAAAUUGAGUACCAUAGAGACGGAAACGCCAGAGAACAUGUCUGAGGUGUACAAAACCAACGUCAUUGGGCCCAUGAUAGUCAGUCAGACAUUCCUACCCUUGCUGAGGAAAGCGUCUCAAGAAAGUCCCCAGAAAGGCAUGAGCUGCAGCAAAGCUGCCAUCAUCAACGUAACUAGCGAGUGUGGCUCCAUCACGAAUGUCUUUGCCUGGAAUCUUAGUGAGCUGAUCUCUUAUCGUUGCAGCAAGUCUGCUCUGAAUAUGCUCACUCGAUGCCAGUCCCUGCACUUUGCCAAAGAUGAGAUCUUGUGCAUUACAUUGCAUCCUGGAUGGGUACAGACUGAUAUGGGAAAUGAACUGGGAACACCCCCACUGACAAUGGAGCAGAGUUUGCGAGCCAUCCUGCACACACUUGCCCGCCUCUCUGAGAAAGAUCAAGGCACAUUUGUUAACUGGGAAGGGAAUCACCUUCCCUGGUGAGGCAACCAAGGGUUUGCUUCUCUGCACUGCAGGACGAUGUUCUCAUCAAUGACAGCGCAGCUUCCUAUUUUCAGUGCUAAAUAUACCCUGCUCUGCUGCAUGUGCUCCAACUCUGGCUUGCUUCAGCUGCUCUGUCUGAGGCCUAUAACACCUUGCUCAGCCAGGCUGUUUCAGGCUGCAGGUCUCAGUGAUCCCUUCGGAUACUUCUAGGUGUCACUGGCAGCAUAUGGCAAAGCAUCCAUUGCUUCCCACGCUGUCUUGCAAACUGAAGAGAAUUUUUUCCCCCAGAUCUCUAGAAUUUAAACUAUAGAGAUGGGAGACUCCUGUGACUCAAUUUCAAAUGGGAGGGAUGUUUUGGAAAGGGUACCCAUGGCAGAGUGAAGCCCUAGAGCAGAGAGACUAAUCAGAAAAAGGGAAAUGGUUGGUGUGAGCUGCCAGGGAUACAGGCUGGCAUGGGUUCACCUCUGGUCCAUGCAAAUGCCAUCUUUGCUGUCACACUGGUCUGCUCGGUCAAAUGAAAAAGCAAAAAAGUUUGUUCAAAAAAUCCUAUACAGCCAUUUUUGCUUCAGUUCUGCAUCUGUCACAAAUUUCAUAGAUCUUUAAUGUAACCUAAAAAAUUGGCUGUAAAAAUGCUUAUUUUUGUAUACAAUAGCCAUCAAAUACUCUUUUUAAUAGGCAAUUUUAUCUAACCAAUUCUUUUUCUUUCUGCAAAAUACUCUUAGGGCAACUAAGAUCCAACACAAAUCUUUUUCUAUCUGACUUUCUUGAAAUGUACUAAUUUCUACUUAGUAUGUACAAAAGGAGAACAUCUAAACAACAAAUACUUACCCUUUUACUUACUUUAUACAUUUCUAUGACGUUAAUUACACAUAGGUAAAGGUAAAGGUUUCCCUUGACAUUAAGUCCAGUCAUGUCCGGCUCUAGGGGGCGGUGCUCAUCUCCGUUUCAAAGCCGAAGAGCCGGCGUUUGUCCGUAGACACUUCCAUGGUCAUGUGGCCAGCAUGACUACACGGAACACCGUUACCUGCCCGCCGAAGCGGUACCUAUUAAUCUACUCACAUUUGCAUGUUUUCGAACUGCUAGGUUGGCAGGAGCUGGGACUAGCAACGGGAGCUCACCCCGUCACGCGGAUUCGAACCGCCGACCUUCCGCUCGGCAAGCUCAGCAGCUCAGCAGUUUAACCCGCAGCGCCACCGCGUCCCACUCUAAUUACACAUACACGUGUCUUUGUUAUUCAUUUACAUUAAUGCAGAUUCUAUGAAGUUGCUUCUUUUUGCUCUUUCAUAAAGAAGAGUAUCAAGUAUAGUACACAGCAACCAGACCAUUGGUUACACCAAGCAAAAAAAGCAAAAGCUUUGUUCAAGAAACCCUUAAAAACACAGCCAUUUUUGUAUCAGUUUUGAAUGCAAUAUAAUAUACCUUUAAUGUAACAUAAACAAUUAGUUCCUUAAAGGCUUUUUCUUUUGGUACAGAAAUGCCAUCUAAUACUCUAUUGGCAAUUGUAUUUAAUCAAUUCUUUUUCUUUCUGCAAAAAACACUUUAUCUUAGAGCAGCUAUAACCUAACACAAAUCUUUUUGCAUUUACCUUUCUUAAAAUAUAAUAAUUUUUCUUUUGAAAACUCAAAGAGAGUGGUGUUAUCCCAUGAAAAAGAAAAGAAAAAAAAUCCAAACCCUUGUUUGGAUGAUUUCUUGAAUAGUUCCAGACAAAAUGACAACCAAACCUGGAUGAGGUGUUGAGUUUUCUAGAAUUCCUCACUUAACAAUACCGUAAGAUGAACAACUUUGUUAGUGAAAAAAUAAUGGGCAGCAACAGACUAUAGAUGGUUGUCAUCUGGAAUGUUUCAUACUUCCAGUAUAUUGUUCUAUUUUGUUAAGAUUAUACUGCAUUAAUUAAAAUAAAAAUGAUUAAAGAUCUCUCUUUUGUUAAUGAUAAACUGUCAAUUAAUUAAGAAUCAUUGGCCAAGGAAGGAAAAAACCAGUAGUGGCUUUAAAGUUUUGAAAUGCUGGGCAGAGGAAUCAUUGGCGUUCCCCAUGAAAAGAGAUUUAUAUACUAUGAGCAGCUUAUGAGUUCUGAUGAAUCUGAUUCUUUUUUUAACUUUUCUCAAUUCAUCACAUAAAUAAAAGGAAACAAUAAAAAGUUCUCUUCUUGAUCAUGUAUCUUUAUGAUGAAGACUUUAUACUGUCUUCUUAUAUCUUUCUCUGAGGUCAUUAGAGAAGCCAAAACAGUAAUUCAGUUUACUGAAAUGAAAUGUUUUGAUACUUUUUUGAUAAAAGUCAGCAUAAUCUAA